AAGGACAUACAGACACAGACAGUUGAUUGUUUGGGCUUGUUCUAUCAGAUAUUUUGAGACCGUGAAGUUCCAGUUUGAAUAUGCAGAUUGGAAUGUGACUUAGGCAGGGUGAUCAACUGGUCGCUUGAGAAAUCUUCUGAAACAUCAGCAUCAUCAGGUCUACAGUGAAGUCAGCAUGAAGACUCUCAGCCUGACGCUAAGGCAGUGAUUUCACCUGACUUUUGCUGUUUUCACUUCUUUGACAAACGGAUCCCAAAGGCGAACAUCGUCUCCAUCGUGAAAACUCACAGUCAAUGCUCCACACCAGCAUUUGUUUGCACGAGCGGUGGUUUGAGUGUGCUUUCGUGUCGGGGAUUUCUGAGUUUGGGGCGGAAAGGUUGACAUCACAGAGAUAGAAAAGGCAUAGGAUUUAUAUUGGAUGCACGGCUGGUCAACAUCAGAUAAAAACACGACGAAGAAGAUCCUCCUCAUCCCUCCGCUCUCAGCAUCAUGAAGACUCUCUGCUUCUCUCUGGGACUGCUGCUGCUCGCAGCCUGCUGCUGUGAUGCCAUCCCGAAAGGCGUAAAGUUCAGCACAGCUCCUGGAACCUGCUGCUUCAACUUUAAAAUGAAUGCAAUACCGGUGAAGUUGGUGUCCUUCAUCACCCAUACGCACAGCUCCUGUCCCAAGAAGGCAUACAUAGUCCACACUGUCAGAGGAAAAAAGAUCUGCUACACUCAGAGCUUCCAGUGGGCUCAGGACAUGUAUCGGCUCCACAACACUGAAGGCAGCAGCUAGCCACCACGAAGAUCUUCAGCUAUCAGCUAUCGGCUUCAGUUAAUAAUUGACUGCUUUUUUAAGGCCUUAUGGCUUAGCUUCGUAUUUGUAUUUUUAUAAAACUGGCUUAAAAAUAAACAAAAAAAUGCAUGCAAGUUCUCUGAAAAGACUGUUAGAUGGUUACGUGAGUGAUCAGAUGUGCGUUAGGUAUGUUUUGUGCAGGGGAAGAACUGUAAAGAAAUAAUAAUACAAAAGUGCUUUUUACUCUGCUGCCUCAAGCUCAAAGCUGUAAAAAGAUCUUUAUAAACUCAUUAAAUACAGAUCUUAAAAAAACUGUAA